UUGUUUUGUCAUAAUUUAAUUAAUUAUUAAUCAUCCUCUCUUUUUCUUUUUUUGUUCUCUUGUCUCCCCAUCGGUCGUUUAAACAUUUCUCUGGUUCCGUUUAACUCUAAAGCUUACUAUUCAACGUCGUUUCCUGACCGUCCGAUGAUUUGACUUUUACCGAUCAGAUAGUUGACUUGAAACCAUCAGGCCACGAUGGGUCAUUGUUACAGCCGGAACAUUUCCACGGUUGAAGAUAAGGACGGUGAUGUCCCCAACGGAAGACCCGCCCAGCUUCAAAACAACCACCAGACGUCAGUACCCAGUUCUCCAGUUGCGUCUGGCUCAACCGAAGUCAACCCGUACACCAUUAGCCCAUUUCAAAGCCCGUUGCCGGCGGGAGUAGCUCCUUCUCCGGCGAGAACGCCGGGAAGAAAGUUUAAAUGGCCGUUCCCGCCUCCUUCACCCGCGAAACCGAUUCUGGCGGCUCUGAGACGGCGAAGAGGUACGGCUCCUCAGCCUCGGGACGGUCCUAUCCCUGAGGAAAGUGAGGAAGCCGAUGAUCACGGAAGAGCCGGAGGGAGCGGUGAGAGGUUAGACAAGAAUUUCGGAUUCUCCAAGAACUUCGAAGGGAAGUACGAGCUAGGGAAGGAGGUUGGUCGAGGGCAUUUUGGUCAUACUUGUUGGGCUAAAGCCAAGAAAGGCAAGAUCAAAGGGCAAACGGUGGCAGUCAAGAUCAUCGCUAAAGCCAAAAUGACAUCAGCUCUAUCAAUUGAAGAUGUUCGUCGAGAGGUGAAGUUGCUGAAAGCUCUGUCUGGUCAUAGGCAUAUGGUUAAGUUCUACGAUGCGUUUGAGGACACAGAUAAUGUCUUUCUUGUUAUGGAGUUAUGUGAAGGUGGAGAGUUAUUGGAUAGAAUUUUGGCAAGAGGUGGUCGGUUUCAAGAAGCAGAUGCUAAGCGUAUUCUUGUGCAGAUUCUAUCUGCUACUGCUUUUUUCCACCUUCAAGGUGUUGUUCACCGUGACCUGAAGCCUGAGAAUUUUCUGUACACCAGCAAAAAUGAAGAUGCAAUACUCAAGGUCAUAGAUUUUGGUUUAUCUGACUUCUCCAGAUUCGAUCAGCGUCUCAACGAUGUGGUAGGCAGUGCAUACUACGUUGCACCUGAAGUACUCCACAGAUCAUACGGCACAGAGGCAGAUAUAUGGAGCAUCGGUGUCAUAUCUUACAUAUUACUCUGUGGAAGUAGACCUUUCUACGGACGAACUGAGUCUGCCAUCUUUCGCUGUGUCCUUAGAGCGAAUCCUAAUUUUGAAGAUCUGCCGUGGCCUUCUAUAUCUCCUAUUGCCAAAGACUUUGUGAGAAGGCUUCUGAACAAAGACCAUAGGAAAAGAAUGACAGCUGCUCAAGCUUUAGCUCAUCCUUGGCUUCGAGGUGAAAACCCUGGUCUGCUUCUUGAUUUCUCCAUCUACAAGCUAGUGAAGGCUUAUAUUCGUGCAUCUCCUUUCAGACGAGCAGCACUUAAGUCUCUAUCCAAAGCUAUACCAGAAGAGGAACUUGUGUUCCUUAAAGCACAGUUCAUGCUCCUGGAACCAGAAGAUGGAGGCUUGUUUCUUCACAAUUUCACUACGGCUUUGACAAGAUAUGCUACGGAUGCUAUGAUCGAAUCUAGGCUUCCUGACAUUUUAAACUUGUUGCAACCCUUAGCACAUAGGAAACUCGAUUUUGAAGAGUUCUGUGCAGCUGCGGUUAGCGUUUAUCAACUAGAGGCUCUUGAAGAAUGGGAACAGAUCGCAACUACAGCAUUUGAGGACUUUGAACGUGAAGGAAGCCGAGCCAUUUCAGUCCAAGAACUCGCUGAGGAGAUGAGUUUGGGACCAAAUGCGCAUCCUUUGCUCAAUGAUUGGAUCCGAAGUUUGGAUGGGAAGCUGAGUUUCUUGGGGUAUAAAAAGUUCUUGCACGGUGUGACAGUUCGAAGCUCGAGCUCAAGACCUACUAGGUGACUUCUAACUUUGCAAAUCACACCCUAAUAAUACUGUUUGGAGAAGAAAAGGCACCUCUUUGUAUUGAGCAUUUUGCUUUCAGAGGAGCCGUUCCAAAACCAAAAACAAACAAACAUGGAAAGUGUUUUUUUCUUUUUGUAUUCUCUUUUGUAAAAUUUUAAUUUCCGGUUUGUAGAGAAAAGAGUUUAUAAAAUGGGUGGUGGUUGUUUGGCUCUGGUUUUGUUUCCUCUU